AUGUCUGAAACACUAGCAGAGUCUUCUUCUGCUCCAGACACAAGCAGUGCUCCAGAUCUUCGUCGCAUGAACACCGCUGAUGCCCUUGUGUAUUUUGCUGAGCACAUUGAAUCGUCUCUAGAAGGGUUGGCGAAGCAGGAAUACGCCACCAAGGGACGUCGGUAUAAGUUUCUCGAUAACAACUUUCAAAGAAUACGAGAAAUUGAUAAACACUUGGUGGUAUUCCCAGAACAACGGGAUAGAAAGAUUAGUGUAAUUCUGGCCUUUGAUAUCAUUCAACGUAUAGAUGAACAAUUAUUUGAAGCCUUCCCUGAUUUUGUUAGUUGUAUGCUUGGAUUUGCAUGGGAGUUAGAAAGACUAGGAUUGAUAGAAAGUGAAAACAGUUCUGUUACUCACUACAAGGAUUGCCAACAUUAUGGGUUUCUUGAAUGUGAACAUCAAGCAUUAAAAUGGUUCUCCAAGAUUGAGCCAAAACACAUUCAAUGGGUAGCUAAUCUUCAAUAUUGCGCUAAGAUUAACUUUUUACAUACUGACCAUCAUAUGGGAACCAAAGUUGAUGAUCAGUUUAUUAAGCAAUAUUUGGAUGAAUAUUUCGGUCCUGAAGCUCUGGAAUCAACAACUCUUAUCACAGCUCUCAAAUCGUUUGUUCAUUGGGGGAAUAUUAAGGGGAUGCUCUAUAAACUAGGCUUACCCAAUGUUAACAUCUCGGAGGAAACAAAAAGGAGAUACGAUAAAUUCCCAGACCCAGCACCAGAAAUAAUUGAACAAGUUUUCGACAGAUACCCCAGUGGUACAUCACGUAUAGCACUUAUUAAAAAGGCUUUGGAAAUUUUUGGGAAAAGUUGGUCGUAUGGUGACCUCUUGGAAUAUCCACCACCAUUUACAAUGGGUGGUGGUGCUACGAAUGAACGGGUUAAUAUAGAAUGGGUUUAUCAAAUUUGUCAUGAUAUCAGACAAGAUCCUCUUCGAUAUCAUCUUAGAUCCCAGACUAAAGAUCUACAUACACAGCCUGUUAAUUUGCAAGAGUUAAACACUAAAUACCAAAAGGAAAUUGAAAUGGCCUACAUUUACAUAGGUAUUUUGAUUCAUGCCUUUUCAAAUGCCGGUACAGAUUUUCUCAUGCAAAUUCCUCGCGUUCCACCACCUGACAAGUUAAUACAAACUUCACCAGAAAUCGAAGAGUACUACAGUAAAUGCUUGGGUCUAAACAAUAGUAUCCAAGAAUACGAGGCUAAGGGAUGGGACUCGGAAGACAUUGUCAUCAGAUUGAGGGCAAAUCAAUAUUCUUUGGUCGAUAAAGUUAACGAGUUGUCGAAAAGAUUUGGGUAA